GACGCUCCUCACCUAGCCCUGGUCCUGAGGGAAUGGGUGCUCCUAACCCCGGAGCCCGCUUUAAAGGGGCAGGCCCCUCCUCCUGCCCCAGCCCCACCCACCAGGCCUCCCUUCUCCAUCUUCCAGGCCCAGCGCUCCCUCACAGAGCUCCCCCGCACCUUAUCUCGCCAGCUCCGCCCUUCCUUCCCAGUCAACGCUCAGAAGUCCUGGGCGCACAGGCAGAGCCGGCGGCGUGCUGGGGGCAUGCGCUCCGUGAAGGCUCUGCAGAAGGCGCUGAGCCGGGCCGGCAGUCACUGCCGGCGGGGAGACUGGGGUCACCUGAGCCGGAGCCCUCUCCUUGGCGGGGGCGUCCGGCACCACCUCAGUGAGGCCGCGGCGCAGGGCAGAGAGACGCCACACAGCCACCAGCCGCUGCACCGGGAUCAUGAUUCAUCAGAAAGUGGCAUGCUGUCCCGCCUGGGUGAUUUGCUCUUUUACACUAUUGCUGAAGGACAGGAACGAAUCCCUAUCCACAAGUUCACCACUGCACUAAAGGCCACUGGACUGCAGACAUCAGAUCCUCGGCUCCGAGACUGCAUGAACGAGAUGCACCGUGUGGUCCAAGAGUCCAGUAGUGGUGGCCUCUUGGACCGAGGUCUCUUCCGAAAGUGUGUGAGCAGCAACAUUGUGCUCCUGACCCAGGCAUUCCGAAAGAAGUUUGUGAUUCCUGAUUUUGAGGAGUUCACGGGCCAUGUGGAUCGCAUCUUUGAGGAUGCCAAAGAGCUCACUGGAGGUAAAGUGGCAGCCUACAUCCCUCAACUGGCCAAGUCAAACCCAGACCUGUGGGGUGUCUCCCUGUGCACUGUGGAUGGUCAGCGGCACUCUGUGGGCCACACAAAGAUCCCCUUCUGCCUGCAGUCCUGUGUGAAGCCCCUCACCUAUGCCAUCUCCAUAGGCACCCUAGGCACUGACUACGUGCACAAGUUUGUGGGCAAAGAGCCCAGUGGCCUGCGCUACAACAAGCUCUCCCUCAAUGAGGAUGGAAUUCCCCAUAACCCCAUGGUCAAUGCUGGUGCCAUUGUCGUCAGCUCCCUAAUCAAGAUGGACUGUAACAAAGCAGAGAAGUUUGAUUUUGUGUUGCAGUAUCUCAACAAAAUGGCUGCGAAUGAAUACAUGGGUUUCAGCAAUGCCACAUUCCAGUCAGAGAAGGAAACAGGGGAUCGGAAUUAUGCCAUCGGCUAUUAUCCCAAGGAAAAAAAGUGCUUUCCUAAGGGAGUGGACAUGAUGGCUGCCCUUGAUCUCUACUUCCAGCUGUGCUCUGUGGAGGUCACCUGUGAAUCAGGCAGUGUCAUGGCAGCCACCCUCGCCAAUGGCGGGAUCUGCCCCAUCACAGGGGAGAGUGUGCUGAGUGCUGAAGCAGUGCGCAACACCCUCAGCCUCAUGCAUUCCUGCGGCAUGUAUGAUUUCUCUGGCCAGUUUGCCUUCCACGUGGGCCUGCCAGCCAAGUCAGCUGUAUCGGGAGCCAUCCUCCUGGUGGUACCCAAUGUCAUGGGAAUGAUGUGUCUGUCACCCCCAUUGGACAAGCUGGGGAACAGUCAUAGAGGAACUAGCUUCUGUCAGAAGUUGGUGUCUCUCUUCAAUUUCCACAACUAUGACAACCUGAGGCAAAGUGCUCGGAAGUUAGACCCACAGCGUGAAGGAGGAGAAGUUCGGAACAAGACUGUGGUCAACCUGUUAUUUGCUGCCUAUAGUGGUGAUGUCUCAGCUCUUCGAAGGUGGGGCAACAUUCCCCUGGAUGAUGCUGUACAGUUCAACCAUCUGGAGGUGGUCAAACUGCUUCAAGAUUACCAGGACUCCUACACACCCUCCGAGACUCAGGCUGAGGCAGCAGCUAAAGCCCUGUCCAAAGAGAACUUAGAGAGCAUGGUAUGAGCACAGGUCAUGGAUAGCCCCCGCUCAAGAAAAAGCAUUAGCUGGCCACACAUGUAAUCCAUACCCACCAAAAAUGCUAUGGAGAGCUAUACUGCUUCAGUCGGGACCAAGCAGUCAUUUGGUAACUUGGGGUACUGCUUUCUAUGAGAGUCAAAAUACCCCAUCCCCUCAGCAGACAGAGUACAGAGAAGGGCUAUCUCUGGAUAGCAGUAGAGCUAUCCAGAGAGAGCGGGCUUCAAAGUACAGCCAAAUGGCUUGCCCCACUCAAAACCAUCCCAGGUCUUCAACCAGGUCUCCUCUUCCUCUGCCUGAAGAAACCAUCAUGAAAGAGAGACACUCUGGUGGAGGGACUCUAGCUACCAUGCACAUGUAUAUAUCCACAGAAUAAGGGAAGUGGGAAUGGCUGUAUAUAUGGCUUUAGUAGUCUGGAAAGAUCUACUCCCCUUGGCCAGGAGAUGCUGCUGCUACUGCUAACAGCAAUUUUAUAGACAGAGAAAGUAUUUUAUGUUCAAAUAAACUUUAAUUAUCAAAUCAAAAAAAAA